GGUGGUGGUUGGAAGUGUUUUGGGAUCGGGAUAGGACAGUAGGAGUUCCAGAUAUGCGCUUUGUUGCCUUCUGGAGAAUGCCCGCAAGAAACAACCGCAAAACGUCGACUUCGUGUGCACACUUGGACAGCUAGCAAACAACUUUUUCGUUGGGGGAAAAAGUUUAGGAUGAGCCGGGACAACUUUUACUGAGCGGCGUCGACAUUUUUUUUUUUUUUUUUUUUUGCACAUUUCCUGCUGCGUGAAACUCUACGGAAAACAAGCUCGGGAUUUGAUUCGAUAUUUCGAGGGCUUGUGUUUUCCCUCAACUUUUGCAAGAGUUGGCGGCAGACGUUUUCGGGACAAUGGAUCCGAGCCAGCACAACCCUCCGGCCGGGCACCAGAUCGUCCACGUCCGGGGCGACUCGGAGACCGACCUGGAGGCCCUCUUCAACGCCGUGAUGAACCCCAAAAACACCAUCGUGCCCCCCUCGGUGCCCAUGAGGAUGAGGAAGCUGCCCGACUCCUUCUUCAAGCCGCCCGAGCCCAAGUCCCACUCCAGACAAGCAAGCACAGACGCGGGCACCGGCGGCGCGCUCACACCGCACCACGUGCGCGCACACUCGUCGCCCGCUUCCCUGCAGAUGGGCGCCGUCUCCGGGGGCUCCCUGUCCGGCAUGCCGCCGGCGGGCGCCUCCCCCCAGCACCUGCGGCAGUCCUCGUACGAGAUCCCCGACGACGUGCCGCUGCCCCCGGGAUGGGAGAUGGCCAAAACCGCCUCGGGCCAGAGAUACUUCCUCAACCACAUUGAUCAGACCACCACUUGGCAGGACCCCCGCAAGGCCCUGCUCCAGAUGAACCAGGCUCCCCCGCCCAGCUCUGUGCCGGUCCAGCAGCAGAACCUGAUGAACCCGGCCAGCGGUCCACUCCCUGAAGGCUGGGAACAAGCGAUUACAUCAGAGGGUGAAAUUUAUUACAUCAACCACAAGAACAAAACUACUUCCUGGCUGGACCCGCGGCUCGACCCCCGCUUCGCCCUGAACCAGCAGAGGAUCUCCCAGAGUGCACCUGUGAAGCAGGGUGGCCAACUGCCCUCCGGCACCCUCGGCAGCGUCAACCAGCUGAGGCUGCAGAAGAUGGAGAAGGAGAGGCUGAGGUUGAAACAAGAGCUGCUUCGGCAAAGACCUCAGGAGCUCGCUCUGAGGAACCAGCUGCCCACCAGCAUGGAGCAAGACGGCGGCACCAACCCAGUGUCCUCCCCGAUGGCCCAGGACGCCCGGACCAUGACCGCCAACAGCUCGGACCCAUUCCUUAACAGCGGGACGUACCACUCCAGGGACGAGAGCACAGACAGCGGCUUGAGCAUGAGCAGCUACAGCGUCCCUCGCACUCCCGAUGACUUCCUCAACAGCGUGGACGAGAUGGACACAGGCGACCCGCUUCCGAGCUCCAUGGGCACGCAGCCCAGCCGCUUCCCCGACUACCUGGAUGCCAUCCCGGGGACGGACGUGGACCUGGGGACCCUGGAGGGCGAGAGCAUGGCGGUGGAGGGCGAGGAGCUGAUGCCCAGCCUGCAGGAGGCGCUCAGCUCCGACAUCCUCAACGACAUGGAGUCGGUGCUGGCGGCCACCAAGAUUGACAAGGAGAGCUUCCUCACGUGGUUAUAAGAGGGGAAGGAGCCCUUCCUCCUCCUCCGUGCUUUUGACAAGACAUUUCAGCGAGCCUGUCUGGACUUUCCCAUACUCUAUGGCAGUAUUCCUCUUGUCUCUGUCAGUCUCCUCACUCUCUUCAUUUUGUCUGUGUCUUCAAGGCUGGCCCAUGAGCAGACAAUAACGCUAAGGGUCCCCGAAGCUCGAGCUAAGGCGUCUUUAUCCCCCCCCCCCCCCCCAUGUUUCCCCUUUAGCGCCUCGUUCUCCUGCAUUUAAUCUAGCUUCAUCUUCUGCCUUUUUUUCUUUUCUUUUUUUGCCUGAUGAACCAAAAAUGAUGUAUUUGACAAACAAUACGGAUUUGGAGUCAAGGUAUUAAGAGGCUCCCAGUUAGGACAGGUGAAGGUUUUUCGCAGGUGGGGGGUGGGUGGGUGGGGGGGGGGGGGGGGAUUUAGGGGAGCUGACCACAUCGCUGCUUGGCUGUGCCAGCGUGUCUAAGUUAAACUUUUGUUAUUUGUUAUCGUUAGAUCAAGUGCCUUCAGCUUUUGUUUUCAGAACGCGAGCAAUGCGAACAACUUUCUUCACUUUCUCCCAAGGUGACUUUAAAACAUUUUAACAGGAUGGAGGGAUUUUUCAGCAUCUGUAUCGCAGUCUUACCAGCUUUUAUCUCUCAUUUAGUAUUCUUUGCCUUUUUUUUUUUUUUUAGACAACAAAAUAUGUAUGAUAACUUAGAUUAUUUUUAUUUGUACCUUUUUUUUUUUUUUUUUUUACUUCACUACAUGAAGAAACAACUUUGAUAAUUUGCUUUUGGCUCCGUGGCCUAUUGUAGAAACACAAAUAUUACAAGCUUGUGUCUUUCUGCAACAAAUAUUCCUGAACAUAACCCCCCCCCCCAAAAAAAAAAAAACAUGAAAAAAAGGAAAGCACACUUGUAGGCGGAAUGAUACGAAAAGAUGUUUAAAAACAGCUCGGACGUGUCGGAGCAGGUUUAAGAGUCAUGUCGAUGGUGAAGUUGGGGGGAGUGAACAAGGCCAGCCAGGGUUUGAUGGUUUGGAGAUUUUUCUCUUUCUUUCUUUUUUGGAGGAAUACAUAAGAAACAAUCAGUUAUGAUCUGAGUCAGGACUUGUUGUGGCAGAUUCCAAAGAUGUUUGUUUUUGUUUGUAAUGACACUUAUUCUGCUUCCAGUUUCACAGUGAUUUGUUAAUCCACCUGUGUAUGAACAAAAUGUUUUAUAAGCUAGUGAGAAAGAAGAAAAAACAAAUCGUAGUAGGUUUACCAGAGAAAUUUCUUUUCUGUAUUUCUUUGUUAUUUAGAUUUUGGACAUUGACGGUCGUUCUGAGAGACUAACCCUGAGAUUUUAAAGGAUUUUGUGUCAAGUGAUUUGUAGUUUUCACCGUGUUUCUGAUGUUUACGCCACAUCUUUGCGCCGGUUUGAUCGCUAACCUUCAGUAUCCUUCGGUAGCAUUAACUUUGGAACUUGAUGGAACAAUUUUUUAUCGAGCAAAGAACUGUUUUUAUAUAUACACCUUGUGAGAAACCUCCUAUGUAGAAUUGAUUUUACUGAUCGGUUAAAUCGAUGAAUUUGAAGAUGGACAAACAGUGUUGGUGAGAACAAUGCAACUAAAAAAAAUGAGUGGUACACUACAAGUGCUUGUAUUGCACGGCUACGCUUUUCAGUUUGGAUGCAAGUAGGCAUUGAUUUUAUGCUUACUUUGGCGCAUAACUUUCGGUGCGCACAUUAACUUUUUGACUGUCAUCGUCGUAGCCGUAGAACUAAUCACACCAGUUAAAGAUUUUUUUUUUUAUUUGCUAUUUAGAGGUUUCUAAAUGCACAUGAAAUGAAUUUAUAAUCAGCGAUGAUCUGUUCAAUUGUGUUUUGUUUUGUUUUUUUUGAUAGAUAUGUGCAUGUGUUUUAGAACCAUAAAAUCUGUUACAUUAUAUAUAUAUAAAUAUAUAUCCCUUCAUAUACAAAUGUUGAAAUUGGCUUGAAAUAAAGUAUAUACUUUGUGGUAAUA